AUGAAGUGGAAUAAUUCGGAUGCUAAAUGUUUGAAGAUCAGAGUAACACUGCAUGAGUCUGAGUUGGAGUUUAACAUAUCGCCUAAAAGCACAGGAAAAUACCUCUUCGAUCUAGUCUGCAGUACAAUUGGCUUGAGAGAAACGUGGUAUUUCGGAUUACAAUUUUAUAGCUUCUUUCCAAAUGGAAGAAUGCAACUUUCUCACUGGCUUAAAUUAGAUAAAAAGAUUGUUUCACAAAAACCAGAAGAUAUCUCUAAGUCUCUUUGCUUCUUUUUUCACACCAAAUUCUUUCCUGAAGAUGUUGAACAGGAACUAAUACAAGCUACAACUCGUCGUCUGUUCUAUUUAAGUGUCAAAUCCACCAUUUUAAAUCGAAGCGAAUCCAAUAUGAAUGGAAAUUGUUUUGGCGAUCUUUGUCCGUCCCUCGAUGUGGCUAUUCUUCUUGCCUCAUUGGCUUCUCAGGCAGAAUACGGUGAUCUUUGCGAGGAAGAGCUUAGUGAUACAGAGGAACUCACAUACUUACCACGCCGUAUUCUCAGAUUAAUCCCAGCUCAACUAUGGACCCAAAUACAGUCCACUCAAGGUGUAACACAGAAGUUUCGGGAACAUUAUAAAUCCCACAAGGGAAUGAAUCGAGACAAGGCGGAACUUCAGUAUCUCAAGGUAGCCCAGAUGCAUAACCUUUUUGGGGUGGAUUUUUUCCCUAUUGUUUAUGCUCGGAUGAAGUUUCCUCGAACUUUAAGCUCGACACAGAACGAAUCAACUCUUUGGGACAACACUAAUCAAUGUCACACAAAUGCUUGGCUUGGUGUUACAGCAGCAGGUCUUCAACUGUAUGGAAAGUGUCAACGUGAUCCACCUCAAUUUACAUUUCCUUGGAAUAUGAUAAAAAAUGUUUCAUAUCGCGAACGCAAAUUUACGAUCAAGUUGACCAGUACCUGUCGUGGAACCAACAAACCUAGUCAAAAUACAUCUGUCCCUACCUUAUUGAAUGAAACCAGAGGACCAGCUGUUAUUUCAUCAAAAGCAAGUCAGCCCAAUCGUAGUCCUCUUAUUAGUAUCACAGGCCAAGCUUUUGUUGGCGUUGCUGUAGGUUCUAGUGCAGGAGGUAGUGGGACGUCUGCCGCAAGCUUACCUAGCACUCCAAUAUCAGCUCGUCUUAUCCCUUCAGUUCCACCCGUUUCUCCAAAUUUACUUGAUACGUCUGUUAACCUUUCAUCUCCAAGAGCUGUUUCCAAGUUUGAAUCAUGCGAUACUGCACAACAACUCGGUGCUUCAAAAGGCUUCAAAGGUCGUGCUAAAGUUCUUGAACUAGGUUCACGCUGCAUUCCUGGUUUAUCAAUCAAAUCCUCUCGUUACUCUGCUAAUGAAUUCGCAAUUACUAGAACUAGUGUGAAUUGUCUUCGUGGCCCUAGGGUUCAGUCUGCGGAGAACAAUGUCUCGCUGCCGUCGAAAAGUUUGCUUAAAUCGUCUAAUCUGAAUUCUGAGACUGUAUUAAUCAGUGUUGUUGAAGUUUGGUUGGCAGACCCAAAUCAAGCUAAAACAGUUAUGUCUAUGUGUGCUGGUAACCACUCACUGUUCAUGAGACGUCGUCAGCCGGAUAGCAUUGAGGUCCAGCAAAUGAGAGCACAAGCAAGAGAAGAGAGAGCCAGACGAGAGGUUGAAAGAGCACGACUGGCAAAAGCACGUGCAGAAAAAGCUGAGGCUUUAGAAGCUAAAUCAGUUUUAGAGGCUCGGUGUGCUCAACUUGAAGAGGCACUAAUACAUCAGCAAAAGCGCCAAAACCCUUACACCUCUGAUAACCAUAAUCGUUUGAUCGAUACCUAUGUAGCCAAUUCGACCUCCACUCAUACUUCUCAAUGUAUAUCCACUCAAUACAACUGUAAAGUUGCUUUCAGUCCCACGAGGAAAGAAAAUCAAAAAAACGUUGAAAUGGAUGGUAUGCAUAUAUCCCGAACGUUGAAUGACGAUGAUGAUGACCAGAAAUCUAUUUCUAAUCCCACUGUAGAUAAUGAUAAAACUACUAGUGAUAUGAAUGGUGACCGAUGUGGCAACUACUUUGAUGACUAUAGUUUCUAUCCACCAGUAACCAAUUCGGAUGGUGGAUACCCAGUACAUCAUGGAAAAUCUUGGAAUGACGGCAUUCAGACAGACCAAAAUAAUUUGGUUUAUACUGACCCUCUAUAUCCAAACAUUCCAGCAAAUUCCUUCCCUGUCUAUUCUAAGUAUACUGACCAUCGAUUUGCUCCGGGUUCAGUAUCUGUUCCUGUAACACCUCACGUUAAACGCACAGAAGUGGUACUCGAUCGGGGUGCAGAUUAUUACCUGCAGUCAUCCAUGUGGCCGUUUGAGUCAACUAGCUGUCCAGUAGAUCUACAUAGCGAACAUUCUGUUUAUAAGACUCAGUCGAACAAAAAGGUGAUUUUGUAUCCAUCUUAUUUGGUUACCAAUCUUGGUCCAGUGUAUUCUGAUGGUACUUUCUGUGGCAUUGCCAUUAAAUCUUUAUUGUCUGGAAAUCAUUAUCUAACUGGUGAAAUACCAGUAGUAUCUGUCGGGGAUUCCAUUUCCAAAGAACCGGAAACCUCCUUCUCUCCGUUUGUUAUUGUCCCAGGUAGCUUGCCUGCUCUUCACAAUGAUGAAGUUUUAAAUUCAAAAUCUCGUACCAGACCAACAGAUGUCUCUCAUUGUAAUCAUAAUCCGUGUUCUUGUGCAGUAAUGUCAACUGAACAUCAACCUCCGACAGUCUGUCACAUACACUCUCCACCUCAAACAAUUAUUCGUGAGGUUUCUUACACUGUACCAACGAAUGUUCUGAGACACCCACAGUACUGUACACCAAACUGUCAUGUUCAGUUCGUCCCACACGAUCCUGUAGAUCGCAGCCAAUAUAUGUAUUCGAGUCCAUCUCUGGCUGCAAUACUUUCUCCUAUUGUUACUCAGCGUUUGCAUCGCCGAAUUUCCAAUCGUCCACAGCCUAGUCGUGGCUUACAGCGACAGCAAUCGCAGCCGAAAAGCCCAAUAUCAUCCGACUCAGUUCAUAUUCCCUUAAUAGAACGUUCGACAAGUUACAUGCAAAUACCUUACUCAGAAAACGACUGUGGAUUAGCGUCUACAGAGGAGUUUAAUUUGACGAACAAGCACUUUUUAUCCCGUCCUACUGAUCGUGGCUGUUCUUUUCAAUAUCCACCUUGUUCUACAAACGUUCAUUCGAAAUACCAUGACUUUCAGACAGGUCGCAAAUAUCCUAAGGAAGUUUAUCCGAAUCCACUAUUAUAUUAUCAAUUUCACUCUCCUACAACAAAUGAAUAUCUUCGCCGUGCUGCUAGUCUUGACGUUUCAUCUGGGAAUAAUGAUCUUUUGUGGAAUAUAGCACCUCGUGAAUUAUCUCGAACAAGUGAACGUAAUGAAGAUGAGAAUGUCUAUCUAUUCGAAUCAAAUCCUCCUUAUUCUCAACGCAGUUUUUUAACAAAUCAGUUACAGGAGGAAAGAGCUCACUUUGCAUUCCUUCAAACACAAUUUUCACGCCAGUUGUGUGAUACGUGGGGAUAUUUAAAAGCCGCUCGUGGUCAGCAAGCUGAUAAAUUAUGCGAUUCGGCAACCCACGCGAUUGGAAGUAAUAUUUACAAUAAUCCUUCUUCCUAUGGUUGUGAACUGCGAUGUGAUCCGGCUGGCGCUUCGGAUGGUGCAUCCACUGGUGGUGGCAACAUAUGCAGCAUGUGCGGUUCUAGUGCAUAUGAUGGGAACGAUCAUCUUCACGACACAAGUCCUGACCAUCAUUUCUGCGAACCGUACUCACAAUUAAACCAAGAUAUUUCAUCACCUGAUGACUCAGGUGUUAAUAAUUUAAGGUUGAUGAUCAGUGGUGGAAGGUCCGAGAACAAAUUAGAAGGCAAUGCUAAUGCGUUAUAUCAAGAAUUGCAGUCUAGUGUGCAGUCACGAUACGCCUAUAUGAACUUAUACACACAGUCAACGAAAGCCUUCUGA